CUUUGACCCGCGCCGUUUCCGGUUGAAGACGUGGCUCGGGGCCGCCAUCUUGGCCAAAGGCGAAGCGGCAGCGGCUCCUGUCAGGGGGGCAGCAGGUCCAGAGCGGCCGGCGCUCCCCUUCCCCUGACCCUAGCCCCAACCCCAGCGGAGUCGGAGCGCGGGCGCGCCCCACCACCGCCCUCACCAUGGUGCUGUUGGCAGCAGCAGUCUGCACGAAAGCAGGAAAGGCUAUUGUUUCUCGACAGUUUGUGGAGAUGACCCGAACUCGAAUUGAGGGCUUAUUAGCAGCUUUUCCAAAGCUCAUGAACACUGGAAAACAACAUACGUUUGUUGAAACAGAGAGUGUAAGAUAUGUCUAUCAGCCUAUGGAGAAACUGUAUAUGGUGCUGAUCACCACCAAAAACAGCAACAUUUUAGAAGAUUUGGAGACACUAAGGCUCUUCUCAAGAGUGAUCCCUGAAUAUUGCCGAGCCUUAGAGGAGAAUGAAAUAUCUGAACACUGUUUUGAUUUGAUUUUUGCUUUUGAUGAAAUUGUUGCCCUGGGAUACCGAGAGAAUGUUAAUCUGGCACAGAUCAGAACCUUCACAGAAAUGGAUUCUCAUGAGGAGAAGGUGUUCCGAGCAGUCAGAGAGACUCAAGAACGUGAAGCUAAGGCUGAGAUGCGGCGUAAAGCAAAGGAAUUACAACAAGCCCGAAGAGAUGCAGAGAGACAGGGCAAAAAAGCACCAGGAUUUGGGGGAUUUGGCAGCUCUGCAGUAUCUGGAGGCAGUACAGCUGCCAUGAUCACAGAGACCAUCAUUGAAACGGAUAAACCAAAGGUGGCACCUGCACCAGCGAGGCCUUCAGGCCCCAGCAAGGCUUUGAAACUUGGAGCUAAAGGAAAGGAAGUAGAUAACUUUGUGGACAAAUUGAAAUCUGAAGGUGAAACUAUCAUGUCUUCUAAUAUGGGCAAGCGUACCUCUGAAGCAACCAAAGUGCUUGCUCCACCCAUUAAUAUGGAAAGUGUACAUAUGAAGAUUGAAGAAAAGAUUACACUAACCUGUGGACGAGAUGGAGGAUUACAGAAUAUGGAGUUGCAUGGCAUGAUCAUGCUUAGGAUCUCAGAUGACAAAUUUGGCCGAAUUCGUCUUCAUGUGGAAAAUGAAGAUAAGAAAGGGGUGCAGCUGCAGACCCAUCCAAAUGUGGAUAAAAAACUUUUCACUGCAGAGUCUUUAAUUGGCUUGAAGAAUCCAGAGAAGUCAUUUCCCGUCAACAGUGACGUAGGGGUGCUAAAGUGGAGACUACAGACUACAGAGGAAUCUUUUAUUCCACUGACAAUUAAUUGCUGGCCCUCGGAAAGUGGGAAUGGCUGUGAUGUCAACAUAGAAUACGAACUACAAGAAGAUAAUUUAGAACUGAACGACGUGGUUAUCACCAUCCCACUCCCAUCUGGUGUCGGCGCACCUGUUAUUGGUGAGAUCGAUGGGGAGUACCGACAUGACAGUCGACGAAAUACCUUGGAGUGGUGCCUGCCAGUGAUUGAUGCCAAAAAUAAGAGUGGCAGCCUGGAGUUUAGCAUUGCAGGGCAGCCCAAUGACUUCUUCCCUGUUCAAGUUUCCUUCAUCUCCAAGAAAAAUUACUGUAACAUACAGGUUACCAAAGUGACCCAAGUAGAUGGAAACAGUCCUGUCAGAUUUUCCACAGAGACCACUUUCCUAGUGGAUAAGUAUGAAAUUCUGUAAUACCAAGAAGAGGGAACCGAAAAGGAAAAUUUUCGAAUUAAUAAAGAAGAAGCUAACAGUGGCUGAAGAGUUUUUUCCAAAUUUACAAGCCAUUGGAGACCCUUUUUUUCUGAUACAAUGCACGAUUCUCUGCGCGCAAGGACCCUCAACUCACCCCCAUGUUUCAGUGUCACAGAGACAUUCUUUGACAAAGAAAUGGCACAAACAUAAAGGGAAAGGCUGCUGGUUUCUUUGGCAGAUCUUAUGGGCCAGCAAGAAAGCAAGCUCUUCCGAGAAGGCCCCCAGUUCAAUAUCUCCCCGCCUUUACCUAAGAUGCUCCUUUAUUUUAGUCCCUAAAUAUAGUUAUAUUUCAUACUUUGAUUUUAAAGUUUUCUCUGUAGGAGAUUUUAAUCUUGCACACUCCUUUAUCUUCAGUUUUUUCUUUCUGUGUAUUUCGUCAAGCUCUGGGAUCAUCUACAUACAGGCAUUGUGUGUGUUUGGCGCUCCUAGAACUCAUUUAUCCAACCCAUUCUUGAGCUUUGAACUAUGCAGGCGAACUGUUCAGGGGAGUGGGAUCUAGAAGUUAAAAGACAGGGAUGUCUUCUGUCCUUUUCCUGUAUCUGUUCAUCCCUCCGUUCCUUCGUCAGGUUGUUUUCCUUUCAAUGCCCCCCUCCAGUUUAGAAUAGUACUGCGAACCCCACCUGUGUCAAUAUUAAAGAUAGCUGAAAAGCAGCUUUCAAAUGGCACAGAACCCUCUUCAAGAUGUCUGGGAGAAUGGUUAUGUCCAGUUAGGGAUUUCACAUCCACAUGCAGUCAUGUCCGCUGCUACCCAAGCUUUCAGUUCUCUACAUAUUGGGUACUUAAACUGAAACAUAAUAGCUCACAGUCUUUGUAAUUCCUCCCCCUAAGCCUUUUGAGUGUUAUCGUGUAGUGGUUGUUUCUCAGCUCCGUCUCAUCCGUUGCUUUUUCAAUGGAGACUACAGUGUCAACCAAGCCAGGGUUGGCUUUUAACCCAGUAUUGCACUCGGGGGUGGGUGAAGAAUUUCUGGGAGGCUGCAGGCACUGGCAGUGGGAAGACGACUAGAUGACCUCCUGUACUUUUCUCUGGUUAGAGAGUACCUCUCUCAUUCUGAAAAACAUCUGGCCUUCCCUCCAAAAAGUAUACUGUACUUGAAGCAAAGCAGUCAUACAUAAAUGGCCAUGGAUGGAAUUGCUUGCCAAAGAAAUUUCUAGUCUUUCCCUUUCCCCAACUGCAUCAGGGAAGAAUUCUCAUCACUAGCUUGGUUAUCCACGUGAAGUUUUUCUGAAGAAGGGGUCUGGGACAAGUCUGUCAUAUAAUUAAGUAGGAAAGAAAUCAUUAAUCCAGUUUUUUUUUUUAAGUUCUUGUCCAUAGGAUUUUUAAAAAGUCAUGUUUAAUUUCACAAAAACUUUUUUUUCUGAGAUUACUUUUGAGGUAAUAUUUAAAAUGAGAGAUGUUUUGUAACCCUGUAAAAUACAUAGGGAAUAUAACAUUCCAGUGUACACAAAGAAGGCAAAUUCUUUAAUCAAAUAAAGAGUAUUAUAAAAUGA